AUGGGCACCGGCGCCUGCCUGGCGAGGGCGCCGCCGGAGCGGCGGACGCACGCCGCGGAGGCGGGGCGGGUCCCAGGCGGGCCCGCCGUGCGGCGCGGCCGGCGCCGCAGCUCCUCGGAAAGCGCGGCCGGCCGCUACGCCAGCGAGGAGGUCGAGACGCCCGAGGCACGGCAGGUCCGCCUGUCCCUGGAGGAGGCCUUCUGCGCUGCUGGCGUGGCGAGGCACAAGCGGAAGCAGCUCCGGCCCAGGCCGCGCCAGCUGGGCGCCUUCGCCAAGGUGGUGAUGGGCCCGAGCUCCCAGGACCCCGGCAUGCAGAUGGGCGGCUUCUGA